UCCGCCGCCUCCCGGUUCCGCAGUCACUUCCUGCAGCUGUUUCCCUGUGGGUCCGGUUGGACUGACUUUUGACAGUCAGCCUUCAGCUGCGGUGGAGGGGGUGCUCGGCUGGGGGCAGCCGAGAAAGUUGAGCUGAGAGAGGCGGAGUUGAGCCGGGACGAGCCGGGCGCUCGGAGCAGACGGCGGCGGGCGUCUCGGGUGGACGCGGAGCCCAGACUCCCGGCGCGUCCCGGGGGUUCCGCAUUUCACGUGUACCGUUUGGAUCGUCUAGGCGUGCAGCUGCCUCGGCCCAGGCUCUCGCCCCCGCCCCGUGGAGACGCGGGAUUCCAUCUUUCGUGAUGGCAUCCUUACGGGAUUGAGAUUUGAAGAACCAACUUCUCACCGUCCAUUGGAUUAUGCCUAAGGCCUUCCUACCCAAUGAUCCUCUUGCAACACGAAGGGCUUCCUCCACCUAAGCGGCCCUCAUCCUCUCCUCCUAUGUCAGUGGCUGCCAGGUCUACAGGAACACAGCUUCCACCCCAGAAGGCUUUUGGGCAGGAGACUUCCUUGCCUCUGGCAGGGGAAGAAGAAUUACCUAAAGGAGGGGAGCAAGACUCUGCCCUGGAGGAGCUGUGUAAGCCCCUGUACUGCAAACUCUGCAAUGUCACCUUGAACUCAGCACAGCAAGCCCAGGCUCAUUAUCAGGGUAAAAACCAUGGUAAGAAACUCCGAAAUUACUAUGCAGCACACAGCUGUCCUCCUCCUGCCAGAAUGAGCAGUACAGUAGAACCUGUGGCCACUCCAGCUAUUCCGGCCCCUCCGCAGAUGGGCUCCUUUAAGCCCGGAGGCCGAGUGAUCCUGGCCACGGAGAAUGACUACUGUAAGCUCUGUGACGCCUCCUUCAGCUCUCCGGCCGUGGCUCAGGCCCACUAUCAAGGGAAGAAUCAUGCCAAGAGGCUGCGGCUGGCAGAAGCUCAGAGUAACUCAUUCUCGGAGUCCUCAGAGGCUGGUCAAAGGCGGAUCCGGAAAGAAGGGAAUGAGUAUAAGAUGAUGCCUAAUAGGAGAAAUAUGUAUACAGUACAGAAUAAUUCAGCAGGUCCUUACUUCAAUCCCCGCUCUCGGCAGAGAAUUCCACGUGAUCUGGCCAUGUGCGUUACUCCAAGUGGCCAGUUUUAUUGCUCAAUGUGUAAUGUUGGGGCUGGCGAAGAGGUGGAAUUCCGGCAGCAUUUAGAGAGCAAGCAACACAAAAGCAAGGUGUCUGAGCAGCGGUACAGGAAUGAGAUGGAGAAUCUGGGAUAUGUAUAGUGAUUGUCAUGUGUGGAUAGAGCAGCUUGUCCUGCCUGUUGUUCGCCUUCUGUACAAUGCCCUGCUUUGUGGUCCUUUGGUAUGAGUGCAUUCCUCUGCUUAAUGUUAAUAUACGUGCCCUGCAGUGGUAUCAUGGGAUGUCAGAACGGGGGAAGGCAGAGAGCGUGCUUCUUAGGUCAUGGUGCUUCCAGGUUUGUUGUGUUGGUCUGCAUGUGACCUGCCUACCCCAUGAGAAGGGACUUUUUAUCUUGGCCAAGUUCUGGUCCACUAGUAGCCUGACCACAUAGAGCUUUAGCUAUUUGAAAAAUUCAUCUUCUUUUGCAAUUUUAGUUCUAUGUAAUAUUAAGUGUUUUACUGAGUUCUUACUUCAGAUCACAGUAAAAAAAAAACCCAGGUAAGCAGAGACUUCAGUUUCUCAAGGCUUCUUUGGAGCCACCACCACAGCUCAAUGCCUUGUCACUGGGAUAUACUGUGAUAAACUGCAUUAGGGUCUUUCCUUUGACAUUUUCCCCUUUAUCAUGUCCUCCCAUUAUUGAAGUGCAGUUUUCUUGGAUUCAGAUCCUUCCAACGUGCUUGUGGACUUCUACAUAGUAAAACUUCCAUUUCCAGUUGUGGUUUUCACACAUUUAAAUGCCACCUUCUUCCUCUUUUUUUUUACCCCCAACUGAAUUACCUUGUCCAGUGAACUCAUUUUCAUGCCCCAGCUAUGCUGUGAGUUUCCAAGCCCUACAUUUGAAUAUCCAGUGAGUUUAAGAUAGAUAGUUCCAGCUGGUUUUAGGAAAAGUAAAGAUGUGUUUGAUUUUCAUUUUAAAGUUACUUCAUUAGUAAUGUCAUACUUAGAUCAUGGUCACAGUUUUAAGUUCAGAUCUCUUGAGAUUUGUUCUGGCAGAUGUUUUAGGUAAAAGGAUUCUUAGAUUUUACUAACAUUUUUCCCUGUCUUGCUAGUUUGUUGACUGUCCUGAAAAAUACCACUACUUUACUGUUUCAUAGAUAAAGAGGAGUUUUUAAAAAGUUAAUGAAAUUUCAGUAUCAUUACUUCCAGUAGGAAAAUAUAUGAACUUUAGUUUCAUUCUUUUUAAUUCAGCUUCCUUGAAGAUAAUGGAAAUGUAUUAUAGAUUAUUUUGUUAUCUUAUAAUUACGACAGUAUCAGAAGCUGUAGUAUAUAUCUAGAUUAACUAAUAGAGUACUCAUUAAUAACUUUCAUUAAUUGUAUUUUAUCUAUUACUGUAUUUACAUGGGUAAGACCGGUGCUUAUCCAUACUUCACCAGGAAGGCCACAUUCACCAGUAUGUUUAUAAUGAGCAGGAUCUUUGCACUAUGGUCAAUUCACAUUUGAUUACUUUUUACUUAUUAAAAAUAAAACUUAUUUUUCCUUGAGAAUUCUAUAGGCAAAGAGAUAAGGAGAAGGAAAAUUAUCAUUAUUCUUUUCCUUUAAUAAUUCUGAGCAUGUUUUGAACCAUCUAGACCCAUAUUUAAAGUUCAGUUUUGUGAUUAACCUCUGGUACAGUAUCAAGUUACUCUUCUGUUGAAGUGGUGGUUUUUUGAAACAUAGGAUUGUAAUUUUUUUUUUCUCCCAGAGAAUUAAAUAAUGCUCUGUUGAGAUUCUAUCUAGACCUGUGUCUCAACAUAAUAACCUUUUUUGCAGUACUGUAUGAAGUACAAUCUAUUAGUUUAGGGCAAUUUAGAGCUUAUUUUAUUGGUCAGUAGGUUACUCAUUUUGCUGCUAAUUUUGGUAGAUUUUAAUGUUGCAGUGCUGGACACUUGAUUCUAUGAUUAUUUAAUAAUCUCAUUUUUUCCCCUCUGUGUGUGUGUGCAUGUGUGUAUACACAUGUAUAUGUAUGUGUGUGUGUGUAUAUAUAUAUAUAUAUAUAUAUAUAUAUAUAUGUCUUUAUAUACAUACACACACACUUAUAUAAAACUAUGUAUAUAUAGUUUUAUGUGAUACCAUAGAGAAGAUUCCAUUGAAUACAUGUUUCAGGUAACAGUAAAAGAUUGUGGGUAAGAAUUUACCUUUUAUAAAAGUGGUAUUCAUCCACUUUCAGUUUUUCUUUUGCAAAUAAAAUUAAAGAAAGUGUUUACCCCACUCUCCCCACUUAACAAAUUCAUUUUAUAUGUACAAAAAGCAGUGGACUUAAGGCCUUGAUGUUUUCCUGGCCUUGUGUAUUCAGGUUUCCAGUCUCCCAGUGCCCUUAAUGGAUGUUACAAAUGCGUAAACGCAUUUUCUUUUAAAGAAAAAGUUAGAUUUAUAGUGUUAUUUCUUACUUGCUCUAUUUCUUUGCACUAUAAAAGAGCUAUGUGUUUGUUUUAUAUGACACUUUAGAUACCAUAUUGCCUAAAAUAACUCAGUUUGCUCCAUAAUUUCCAAAGUCUAGGAAGUUGAUAAAUAACUUCCAUGAUCGUUUAUGGAGGUUACAUACACAUUCUCCCCCCAAAAAUCACAAAGCCCUGUGAGUGGGUUCUGUUUUGGGCAUGCUCCCUUGCAAUAUUCUCCUGUGUUCUGUAGGUGAAACAAAGAGUCACAGAGGUUGUCAGAAAAGAAAUGCUAAAUAAAUACAUCUCUGCAUGGUACAGUUUCUCACACUCAUGCGUUCCAAAGGAGAAAGAGGAGGCUGUUGUUACUCUUGCUGUCAGUCAUAUGUGAUCUCCGUUUGUUUCUUUUUGUGAAGUACAGUCCUGCUCUGAAUUGUGCUUUAGAAUGUGUACCUUGUACUCCCCAGGAAUCGUGUUAAGUCAUUUUAUAUGCUGUAUACAAGGAUGAACAGAGGCCUAAACAAUGGAAAACCUUCAGUUAAAUAAAUUAAGUAGAUUUCAGUAAUCAUCUGCAAGAAGGACUCAUAGCAUCCAAAUCUCUUUUCUCUGAAUUUUGUGUAAGUGGUCAAAGUUGACGUUAGAAAAUAAUGAUUAGAAAUUCUCCUGAGAUAUUGAGGACAAGAAGUUGUAAAGUAAAAAUCCCAUGUUCCAAUUAAAAGAUUGGAUUGCGUAUGCCUUCGAAGUGUUUUUUUCCGGAAACUUAAGCUACAAAACUGGGUGUGCUAUGUAAUCCUUUUGACUCCACACUGAACAGAAACUACUUUGUUGGUCUUGUAUUUGUAUAUCAUGUACUGCAACUUGUAAAUAUGUGCAUGUUGUUUAUUACAUUUGUCUGCUUGUCUGUUGCACUGAAUUUUGCAAGGUGAAUAAUUAUUUUAUACCAUUCAUUUUGAAAAAGUCCCUACUCCCAACUCUUCCUCGACAUUUUCCCUUCUAAUUAGUUGUUAAACUUAGAAAAUCAUUUAGAAUUUUUGAAAUCUUGAGAUUGAAUGAAGAAUCAUGGCUAUCUGAGGUCCUCUUCAUGUCCCUCUGACUUAAACAGCUAAAGGGAAGCAUGAGAUUUCCCACCUUAUUUCACACAGUUGUUCUGUGGAAUUGUCAUGCUUCCUUAUAGCUACCUAUCUACACUUUGAACAAGGAUAAGAGGAGAAAUAUAUGUACUUCAUGUUUAUAUAUAAACAUAUAUAUAUAGUGUAUCUGGUUAAAUCUUCCUCUGUAGAUAGAGUCUAAGGAUUUGCAGUAGUAUUUAUGAUUCCUUCACUCCUGAAUUGGCUAGGACUAUGAACAGGUACAAUUUGAGGACUGUCCAGUGACCUACGUAAAUUGAGUUUUGUGUCAAGGGAGACAUGUAACUGUUUGGCAUAAUAUCCUCUAUAGAGAGGCGUACAGAUGGCAGAUUUAGGAUUUAAUUAAUUUUGUUUCCUUAAUGUCAGAAUUUAGAAGUACUUUCUGAAGAACUUGGUGAGGCAUAUGCUAAGGAUAAUAGAGCUACUUUAGAAAUAGAGAAAUGCCAGCAUAGAAAAAGUUUAAUGCAGGCUUUUGAACAGAUAUGUAAAAAUAUUCCAUCUUACUCUUCUUUUGUUUUUGUGUUUUACUAGCCAAAUCAUCUUUCAGGAGUUUCAUACAUUGUAAAGAGUGUUUUUUUCUUUUUUUGGCAAUAGACUCUUACAAUUGUGAGCUGUUAUUAUCAGUCUAGCUGAAUGGACAAUUAGCUGUGUAAAUAGCUUUUCAUAUGACAUUUCUACUGAUAGCUGUUUGACAUUUUCUUCCCAUUAUGAAUGGGAGGAUCAUUUGUAAACUCCCUUUCUGGGUAGCUACAAAAAAAAAAAAAAAAAUGGCUUAUGGUCCUAUGUGACCCUGUCUCCGUUAAGCCCAGAAUAUGAGUGCCUUUAGCAAGUUUUAGUGUUUGACAGAGAGAAGAAAUGAUGAAUUAUUGCCAUUAAUCACAAUUCAUAAAAUAGCUGUAUGAAUUCUGUAUUCUACAUCUUUUUUUUUUCUUAAUGCAAUCUCAAUUUCAUAUGAAUAAAUCUGUUACUAUUAUUGGUCGGGAAUCAUACACCCUGAAAAUAAAUCCCGUUAUCCCAGGCUGACAGUAGUCAUGGAUAAUUUUUCACUUUGAUCUGUCCUAUUAUUGAAUGACAGCAUAUGGUGAAUUGGGAAGAGGAUCCCAAACACUGAUGUUUGGAAAAACUUAUAUCAGUGGUCAUUUUCAAACGUGUCUAUUCUCUAGAGAGGAGAGAAUUAUGUAUUUGCAAACUAAGUAUGUGAAAAGAUUGUCUUGCAUGAUACUUACUGUGUUAGUUUACUUCUACCUUAAAAAAAGGUAUCUUCAUAAAUCCGACUUGAGGCCUUUUAAAGCAAGAAUUUCCCUACUUCAGUUAAUUUAAAUUUCUAAAUUGCCUGAGUACUUUGAGUCUUUAAAACAUACUGUGAAAUUAAUUUUAUUGUAGAAACACAUUUUCCUUAACAUUUUGUUAUGAAAAAUUUCCAAAAUACAUCUGAGUUGAGUCAAUUUUAGAAUAUACCCAUCACUAGAUUCUACCAUCAACAUUUUUGUACCACCAUAUAUCCACUCAUCCCUCUAUUCAUCCAUCAGUCCAUGGGGUUUUUAAAAUACACAAUUCAAUGUAAAUUUCAGGCAAUACAUUUCCUUUAACACUUGAGCAUAGGUGUCAUUAACUAGAGUUUAGUAUUUGUUUAUAAAUGUCUUUUAAAAAGCCGUGCAUGAAGUUGAUAGUCUCAGCCAAAUAGUGUAUAUUUUUUUCCUCCUAUAGACUUAGCCAUCUAGUUUCUGUUUUUAAAUGUGCUGAGAGUGAGGGAAGACAGCUUUCAAACUGAAGUUUUGUGGUAUUGGUCAUUUUAAAUGCUAAUGACCAUACCUUUUCAAGUUCACGAUCAGAAUUUUUUCUUUACCCCUCUUAUGAUGUAUUUUUGCUGAACUAUGCAGCUUUAAAAAACUGUAAAUUACUGAUUGGGGUUUAUUAAGUCAGCUUAUACCUCAUUUCAAUCUACUGCUGCUUUUCUCUGUUAUCUUGUCUCCUUUUUCUACUUUUACCUGUUCUGUCGGAAAGGAGGAGGAAAGAGCCAAACCCAUAAGCGAUUUAGCUGUUCUAAGCAACUCUGUAAGAAUAGAUUAAGUAGUUUGGAAAGUUGAAACCAUUAAUAUAUCUAAAGCCUUUGAAUCCCCUGAGCAUUGUAAUUGCCCACAUUUCCUCUAGCCAUAAUUGGCAUGAUUAAAAAUGAUUGUACUGUACAAUGAAUUAUUGAAAUUAUGAGCCUUAGUAACCAUCUUUAGCUUUACUCUAGUACUGUUCAGAAAAAGUUUUUGAUAUAUGCCUUUAUUUUUAUGCCAACUUUUUUGUGGACAAAAUCUGACGAAUAUAAGUGACUUGCGGUUGGUCAUGAAGAUUCAAAUGAUAAGUCAGAAUUGAAACUUCCAUAUUCCUGAUUCAUAUUCUUAUGCUUGUAUAAUAAGAUUCAUGGCUUCCACAAUAACUGAACACUUCCUUUGGGGCCCUUAAAAUGAAAAAAAAAUGUAUUUUUACUAAUUAGACUUUCAUUUUUAGGCAUUCUGUGAUUCUUUGAACUCAAAAGAGCUGUUCAUGGUCAUGUCCCUCAUUAAGCCAAUGCAGUUGCUUAAAAUCUCUCUUACUCUUGAAUACUAACUAAUAAGCAGGUUUUUUCAGGUUUCUUUUUGCAGUUAAAUGACCUUCAUGAUUCACUCAUAACUCUAUGUAAGUGCUUAAGUGACCCCCUCACUAGUGAAAAUAAAUGUUCUAUGUCACUAAUUAUGUGUAUUUUCUCUACAUGAUAUAUUUUUUUAAGGAAAAGUAACCCCAUGUGUCAGCAUGAAUGAUAUCCUAGGGCAAAGCACAUAACAAAGUUUAUUUCUACUCUGCAAAUCUGUUAUUUAUGGGAACAAAACUCCUCAGAGUGGCUGGUCAUCAUUUUGCCUUCUUUUGGUACUUGAGCACCUUCCUGUGGUUUUGUAAAUCAGUGUGUCAUUUUGUAAGAAUUUCAUGUUGAUUCUGUGUUAAUUGGUGUUUGCCGUGUGGUAUCCUUGGCUGACCAUAAUAAUUUAGUUUGGGUAUGGUGUAUCUGCUUUGAGAUGCCUUACUAGAGUAUGUCCGACUCUGCUCUAAAGCACUCCAUGUAUCUGCUAGGACACUGAAUUGCCUCUCUUGGAUGUAUGCUCUAGAACCAGAAGCAAAACUAGUUUUCUUUUCACUGUUAACGUUGCAUUUUAGUGCAGUUAUUGUUUUAAAUUAGAGAAUACAAUCGUGGAAAACCAAGGGAGACUUUAGAAUCCUUCAUUUAGUGGCAUGGCAAACUUUUAAACUGCUUUUGCUAUUUCACUAGAACAGUAUCUCCAGUAAAGGGGGUAGAGCUAAAAAAAAAAAAAAUGCCAACCAAUACUGUAUGAAAAUGGGGUUGUUUUCCUAAAAUUUUCUCUAAAUGUCAUGUGUUUAACAUCUGUAAAUGCUAUUGGGGUUUAGUGCCAGUCACUGCUUUAGAAAUCUGUGUUCUGGGGCUACAGAAGUGAUAAAAGUGUCAUGGGAUUAAAACCAAACAGCUGUGGAUUGUGAAGUUGGAAUUGCUCUUUUGGUUUUAUUUUCUUCAGCAUAUUGAAUAUAGGAAUCCAAAAGUUAUUUAAAAUUUACACUGCUUAUGUUGAUGGCUCAUUUUGGCUGUGUAUUCUCACUUACGUACUGAUUUCUGAUAGAGGCUUGAUGUUAUUAUAACAGGCAUUUUGUGUUAAAUUUAAUAAAACAAUUUCUGAGUCUCGUC